UUUUUGUUCGAUCAACUUUACGUGCUAAAAAAGACAGUAUCAAUUUAGGUAUCUCUUAAUUCUUAUUUGGUUUCCUCAUCCUUAGUUACCUAAUUUUUCCCUAAUAAUGCUUUCUUUAGCAAAAAAAUAUUAUCAUUUAGGUAUGUCUCUUAAUCAUUCUAGUGCUACACUCACACAUCUGCUAAAAAACUAAAGAUUACAAAACUCUUUCACAGAUUUGUAUCCAUUUUCGCGCCACUUAGAUUAAUUAAUGGGUCAGUUUCAAUAACAGGCCUCAUAAAAGCCCAUUUAUCUCGUAGGCCCAUUUUCUGAAUAACCUUCUCGGCUUAAACCCUAACGAACAACAACAAACAUCAAUUUGUGAAACUCAAUGUCUCUUCUCCGGCGACGAUUCCUGAAACAACCAGUUAAUUCCAGAACAUUCCUUCAUAUCCUCGCCGAUCGAUCGUUCUCCACCGUGAAGAUUCCUUCAGGUCGUCGCAAAACCACCGAAUUCGACAAACUUAUCAACGAAGCUGGCAGCUCCGGCGAUUUCGAGACCGUACGCCGUCUUCUAAACAACCGUAUAGUGCUCGGAUCUUUCAACACGAGCGAAACUUUCAAAUUCCUCACAAACACCGUCUCAUACUCCUCCGCUUUAGAAGAUAUCCGCCGUGUUUUACCUCAGAUCGACGGCGGUUUCUCGCGGAAAAACGCUUACGACAUUUUAAUCUCUCGUCUCUGCAAGCUCGGCCGCAUCAACGACGCGUUAAUCGUGAUCGGAGACAUGUCUAACGGGAGAUUAAGCUUAACGCCGUCGACAUUUCACCCGAUUUUGUGCUCCCUCACGAGGAAGAACAAAAUCGAUGAAGCUUGGCGAGUUGUUGAAUCGAUGAGAUCCAAAUCGGUUCCGAUGGAUGUGACGGCGUACAACUACUUCCUUACUUCGCAUUGUUACGACGGCGAAAUGGAAUCGGCGAGCGAGGUGAUGCGUAAGAUUGAAGAAGACGGGAUCUCUACGGAUUCGCGUAGCUACGACGCGCUUGUACUCGGCGCGUGUAGGGCUGGGAAAGUGGAAGCGGCGAUGGCGAUAUUGAGGAGGAUGGAGGAGGAUUGUGUGACUGUGUUGUACUCGACGCAUGCGCACGUUAUAGCGGGGUUGGUGGAGGGAGGCUAUUAUGCGCUGGGUUUGGAGUUUGUGAUGGCUUACGCCGGAAAAGAUUUGGGGUUGGAUGGUGAGAGUUUUGGGUUUUUGGCUGGUAAGCUUGUGAAGAGGAAGAGGUUUGAAGAAGCGAAGAUUGUUGUGAAAGAGAUGGUUAUGAGAGGAUUGAGAAUGGGUGAUGAAUUGAGACAAUUCUUUGAAGGAAAUGUGAGAAACGAUGAUGAUGAUGAAGAUGAUUAUAAUUGAUUGAUUCUUUAGUUUCAAAGAGAGCUUAGUAGAAUCAGAGAGACAGGAGAUUCUGAGCAGAAGCUUAAAUGAUUACAGUUUAAGCUUAGAGAUUGGAAUUGUGGUGCAGAGAAACAGAGAUUAAUUGGAUCCAUGAGCUCUUGUGUGAUAUGGUUAAAUCAUGGAACGAAGAAGAUGUGAAUGUGAAGAUAUAUCGAAAGCAUCUCUGCAUUUGUGGUAUUAUAUGAUCUGUUUGUGUCAUUGUUGGAUUCAGUUUAAAGCAUUUCACUGUAAAUAUUGGAUUGAUCAUGAGCUACAAGAUUGUUGUCACUUGAGUCUAAUUAAUCCCCGAGAAAUCCGAGUUUUGUUGAGAUGUUGAAUUGAA